AUGACCGACAUUGAGAUUGAGAGUCUCGGCAGCACCAUUGACCACGACAGCUGUGUGGACUCCAUCGACUUGAAAGCAAGACAUACGAACACGCUCGGCAGCGUUCAACUGCGGAAUCCUAUCACAAAUGACAUUAUACUCGUGCCGACUCCUUCAAAGGACCCCAAUGAUCCCUUGAAUUGGUCGAGAAGCUACCGAGUCUACAUUGCCAUAAUUUCAUGUGCAGCCAUUUUCAUGGCGCAAUUCCUAGCGGCUGGACCCAGCGUGGACAUGAUUGCAAUUAUACACGAUUUAUUUGGUCUCACAUCAACAGAUCCAGGAUUCUCAUCCGCGUUGUCCAAAAUGUCAUACGCAUUUAGUGGCACCUCUUUGGCCCAGGGCAUGUCAAAUCUUUUCUACAUGCCCCUUAUAAUCAAAUAUGGACGUCGACCGAUUUAUAUCAUUUCGUUCGCGAUAUAUGGUGGAUGUGCUCUAUGGGCAGGUCUGGCUGGGACUUACGAGCAAGAGCUGGCAGCCCGACUCAUCAUGGGAUUUGCAGGUGGCUCGGCUGAAUGUCUCGCACCUCUUACCAUCGCCGAUAUUUUCUUUCUCCAUGAGCGUGGCCGAAUGAUGAGUUACUACGCCGCAGCACUGUCUUGUGGCGUUUCCGGCGGCAUUAUUCUUUCUGGGUUGAUCACAAUCCACCAAAGCUGGCGGGUGAUAUACUACGUCGCAGCCGGAAUGAUUUGGGCCUUGGUCAUCCUCAUCACCUUCACCAUGCCCGAGACAGCAUAUCAACGAACCUACCCCGACAUUGCAGAUCUCACAGAAGAAACCGAAGCAGACCCAAGCAAAGUCCAAGUUUCCCAUGCCGAGACUGGAAUUCCAGAUAAAAAGACCUAUGCCGAGUCAAUGCGCCUCUUCAAUCCUAAAUUUACGGAUGAGUCUCUGCUAACCCUCUUUUGGCGUCCCGUGCCCGUCCUGUUCCUUCCAUCUGUGAUGUGGGGAACACUUUGCAUGUCUGUUUGUAUCGGCACAUUCGUGGCAGUCGUCUCAAAUUAUGCGACAGCCUUCACGAAUACAUAUGGAUGGUCAACAUGGCAAUGCGGCAUGGCUUAUGUCGCCGCUCUCAUCGGUGCAUUUGUUGGUGUUUACGGCGGAGGCUGGCUCUCAGAUAAAGUUGCAGAUUUCUUGACGCAGAGACGGGAUGGUAUGCGUGAGCCAGAGAUGCGUUUACCAACUAUGACCCUGUCUCUGAUUCUUUGCCCAUUGUCCCUGGUACUCUACGGGGUUGGCAUUCAAAACUCUUUACACUGGAUUGUUCCAGUUCUGGGCCUGGGAUUGCUUGGAUUCGUGAUUACACAAGUGAGCAAUAUCGCUAUCGUGUAUGCGGUUGAUGCCCACAGGCCAAUUGCGGGUGAAGUGGUCGUAUCGCAACUCAGCUUCAAAGCGGCCUUUGGCUUUUUGCUAUCUUUUUACACAAAUCCAUGGAUUGAUUCAGCAGGUUAUAUCAACUCAUUUGGCGCAUUGGCGGGUAUCUGUGCGGCCAUUUUGAUUCUGUGGAUUCCCUUGUUCUUUUGGGGUAAACAGAUUCGAGUAUGGAGCUUGGGAUUGAGAAUUAUGAAGGGUGUUCGCUGGGGCGAGGACCGAGAAGUUGGAGAGUAA